GGCGGCGGCGACAGCAGCGGCGAGGUGGUGGUGCUCUAACUUUUACUGUAUGGACUCUUGCUCAGUAGCAUGGGAGAAGAGGAAGGACUACAUCAAACACAAUUACUGAGGUUAAGCAUGCCAGUAGAAACUCGGGAGGAGCGAGGAGAAGCUGCCUCUCCAAUAGGUGAAACACAGCCGUUGAGAUGUUUGCUUCUGUGCGAAGCAGCGGCUCCUGACUUCCAUCAAGUGUGGAGCUUAAUGGGAGCCAGGAGCUGGGAGCCCCUGCCUCUCCGAUGCCAUGACUUGUGGACCUGCUCACCCCUGGUUCCCGAGUGCCGUCUUUGGGACCCAGUCCAUAUGUUCCUGACCCCUGUUGUACCACACUGGCCAUUCUAUAACCUGGACACAAUGUUUGUGCGAGGAUUAAAAAGAAAAUGUUUUGAUGGCGAAGAAGAUAUUGAAGGAACUCUGGCUGGUAUUAAGGCUAUUCCUUCAUAUAAUCUUCAGCGGCAGUCACUUUUAGAUAUGUCCUUGGUUAAACUUCAGCUAUGUCACAUGCUGGUUGAACCUAACCUUUGUCGUUCGGUACUUAUAGCCAACACGGUACGGCAGAUCCAAGAGGAGAUGACUCAAGAUGGGACUUGGCAGAUGAUAAAUACGCAGAGUACAGGGCAGGCAUCCCUGGAUCGUCUUGUUUCAACAGAUAUCCUCUGUCGUUCAUCUAGGGAACAAGCUGAGGGAAAGCAUGUUCCAGGCUAUAGUACUUUGAAUAAAGACUUUGAGGGUGACCAGGCACAAGAUAGUUCAGAAACUAUGUCAACAGCCUCUUCAGUGCAAGCUCCGAGAAGCCUGCAGAGCAAUGUGUGGGAAAUGGAGAAUCCACAAGAAAAUAAAGGAAACUUUCAAAAAUCAUUAGAUCAAAUAUUUGAGACAUUGGAGAAUAAAAGUCCUAAUUCUGUUGAAGAUCUGUUUUCAGAAGUUGACAACUCUUACUAUGAUCUUGAUACUAUGUUAACAGGCAUGAUGAGCAACACAAAAAUGGGUCACUGUGAUGGGCUUGAAACGUUUUCUUCUCCAACAACUACAGCUUCUAACUCUAAUUGUAAAUCUGAUCUUAAUGAGCUUGAUCAUAUUGUGGAAAUCCUUGUUGAAUCCUGAAAAUCCUUUUGUAGGAGAUAAAGAUCUGUUAAUGGGAAGAAAAGACUCAAGCAAGCUAUUUCCACAGUUUGUUCUAUCAAAUCUGCACGUGUAUUUUACAAAUAUCUAUAUAUUAUAUAGAUAUAUAUAUUAAAAAGCACUUCAUAUUGCAAAAUAGUGUUAACUCUUAAAGUUAACCUGCAACUUGUAGUGUAAUAAUCCAAUUUAUUGUCCAUUGAACUGUAAGUACAUACAGUAAAUGUUUUUAAGUUUGGGGUCCAAGGCUCUUGAAAUUGGGUUCCUUUUACCAAUUUGGUUUAGCCUUUGAUGGAGGAUAUGGUCAGUGAGAGGGAUUCUCUCAUCUUUUUCUUAUACUUCUCCCAGUAAAAAUGGUAAUAAACGUAGAGAGAAGUUGGAUAACUGGUUUCCUAUUUUCCUCCGGUUUCCACUUUGUUACACCACAAAACUCCUGCUGCUUCUGUUGUAAGUCGCUACAUGGCUCUUAAAGAGCAGUAUGCAAUAGUUCCUGUUAUCCUAGCUAGCUUAUUCUGUUUUUUUGCUACAAUUUUUACUUCAAAAAUAGUUUUAAAGUGUUUAUUGGUGUUUAGAUUUUUCCAGGUAUUUUCCUAAAAUAUAUUUUUACUACAGAUGUUAUGUCAGCUGCUAACUUAGUAACUUUUGAUCAUAUCUGCAGCUGAUGUAUUUUUGAAAGAUUUUCAAAAAGGGAUGGUUUUUUUUACCGUGAGCUACCCAAUGUAGUUCAGUAAAGUGUAUGUAAAUGUAAAUAUACGAUUUUAUACUUUACAUUAAAAUGUAAGAGCUGUUUUCCUGA